GCGUAAGUACACGUAACAAAUAGAGCACUCACUGAGUGAAACCGGGUAUAAAUACGAUGCAAAUUUUACCUCGGCAGCAUUACCCGCCACCCUGCCGUACCGACCAUUUGUAUCAACCGACAAUGAAAUAUCACAUUUUCCUGGGAUUCCUGGCCGCGGUGGCCGCCUACCCCGGCAUCAUCCACGAUGAGGCACCACAGCUCGAAGAGAAGUACGACCACGCCCUGAUCGGCGAAUCAGGCCACCACCACGCCAUCCAACACGAGCACGCUAAAUCUCAUCAAUCAAUCAAGUUUGAGCACUUCCACCCAGUCCCCGUUUACGUCAAGAAAGAACACCACCAUUUACUUGAGCAUCCUCUCGAGAAGGGCAAAUCUGAGCAGGAUCUGAAGCUGAUUCACCCUGAGACCGAACACAAACAUGGCGGUGGUUUAGUCCUGGAAGACCACAGAUUAAACACCGAUCACCUCGCUUUGGAACAUCAUGGAGGUUUGGAGCAUGGAGGUUUCGAGCACGGAGGUUUCGAGCAUUUGGGCGGCUUCGAGGGUUUCGAAGGUGGUGAGGGUCUGAAGGCAUAUGCUGAAGUCCAGCCUUCUCAUGGAUACGCUGAGCAUGGACAGGCUCUUUCUGGUGGCUACAGCGGUGAAAGCUACGGAGGACAUUACGGAGGCUAUUAAUCUUACAGGCUUACAAGCGUGGAGGUUACUCCAUCAUCUAAUGUUAUUUAGGUCUCAUUCUUGCCUGAUGAUUGUAAACGGUGAUAACAUACACAUACUUUCUUUUCUGUAUAUGUUAGGUACACAUACAGAAAAUAGAGUAAAUACGUGCCGUCACCGUUAAAUGCGUGUUAGAUGUAAGUAUUUUGGGCUUAAUUUUGUUCAGAUCCACACUGUACCUGAUUUAGACUUAGAAAUUUCUAACCGUGAGUUCUAAGCGCGAUAUUAUGUAUUGGAAUGUAAGUGUUAUACUGUGGAAAUUAUGAAAUUGUUACGAUGUGUGAAAGUGGCGC